CGAGAUGAGGAAGGGGGCGGCGGAGUCUCUCGCCUUCUGGGCUGCGGGAGCUGGUGUCAGGGCUCCCGGGCGUGCGAAGGCGGCGGAGGCGGGAAAGGCUGCGAGCGGGGAAAGACGAGCGACCGCUGACUUGCAGGGGAGCCCGGGAGAGAGAUGGUGAUGGCGGCUAAGAAGGGCCCGGGCCCAGGCGGCGGGGUCGGAGGGAGCAAAGCGGAGGCUGAAGCGGCUUCGGAGGUGUGGUGCCGCCGAGUGCGCGAGCUGGGCGGCUGCAGCCAGGCCGGGAACCGCCACUGCUUCGAGUGCGCCCAGCGCGGGGUCACCUAUGUGGACAUCACUGUGGGCAGCUUCGUCUGCACCACCUGCUCCGGCCUCCUGAGAGGUCUGAACCCCCCACAUCGAGUCAAGUCUAUCUCCAUGACAACUUUCACUGAACCUGAAGUCCUGUUCCUCCAGUCUCGUGGAAAUGAGGUGUGCCGCAAGAUCUGGCUGGGUCUUUUUGACGCUCGGACAUCAUUGAUACCAGAUUCCAGGGACCCUCAGAAAGUGAAGGAGUUUCUCCAAGAAAAGUACGAGAAAAAGAGAUGGUACGUACCCCCGGAGCAAGUCAAAGGGCCCUCUUACAGCAGAGGCGGUGCCUCCACCCCUGUCCAGGGCUCCGUCCCGGAAGGAAAACCCGUGCGGACACUUCUGGGAGACCCUGUGCCAUCUCUCUCUGAUGCUGCUUCCUCUUCGAGCCAGUCUGCCAACCAGUCUCAGGCUCGUACAGCCCAGGCCAGGAGCUCCCAGCCGUCCAACAAGAAAGCCAGUACUGACUUGCUGGCCGAUAUCGGUGGAGACCCCUUUGCGGCUCCCCAGGUGGCACCAGCCUUUGCCGCAUUCCCAGCCUUUGGAGGCCAGACUCCUUCCCAUGGAGGCUUUGCCAACUUCGAUGCCUUCAGCAGCAACCCUGGCACUUCCGCCUUUGGAAGCCUCCCUCCAUCGGCCCAAGCCCCAUUCCAGGCCCAGCCGCCCCCUGCAGCAAAUCGGAUGCUUACUGGAAGUUACAGCUUUGGGACCAGCCGGAUGUCUGCAUUUGGUGUUGCUCCUCUUGCGGCUGCCACUCAGCCCAACAGCCUCACAGACGUGGGUGGCCUCCUGGGACCCAGGGUGCCAGCUGGAGGUCUCUCUGGCAGUGUUUUCGGGAUGCCCAGCCAGGUUCCUGCAUUACAGUCAGCUGUGCCAGGUGUUAGCGGCAAUGCAGGGCUCACCUUUGGAGCCUUCACCAACCCCUUCACCACUCCUGCCCAACCCCAGCUGCCUUCUACCAACCCGUUCCAGCCCAAUGGCCUGGCCUCAGGCUCUUGCUUUGGUGACUUGGGAACCUCCAAGCUGGGGCAGAGGCCUCUGAGCCAGGCGCCUGGAAUCUCUACCAAUCCCUUCAUGACUGGAGCCUCAACAUUUGCCUCCAAACCUCCAACCACAAACCCAUUCUUGUAGCACUGUGUCCUUGGGGGAAGAAGGGGCUCUCUUCUACUUGGCGGGGUGGAGCACCGCUGUCCCUUAGAGCUCUGGUGACCAUCUGCCUGUGGGGCAUUUCUGUGGGUCUGAGGCUGGGGUUAGGGAUCUGGGAACAGGGGAGGUGCUGAUGAGUAGCUUGAGGCAGUGGAUGAAUCAGACUGUGGCCUCCUGGUCUGCCGCCCAGAGGCUUCCUCCCUGCUCGCCUGUCACCUACCCAGGAAGAAUCCCAGAAGGAGCAAAGACACCCUCACCAGGAGGCCCCACAGCGGUGUAUUUCUGUCAAAUUAUUAAGUAUGAAGACAGCCCUCUAUCCUGUCCCUCCUGGCCUGUGGCGAGAGAAGUUAGCGGCCUUCUCCUGAGGGAGCAACUGCUCCACACCCAACCUUCCAAAGCUGCCUCACUCCUCCCAGAUAGAAGUAAAGCUGGGAAUGUAGGGUAAAGAGGAGGCCUGGUGUUGACAGCCACCAGACAGCCCUGGGACUGGGAAGCUUCCGGUGUCCAGUACUUUUGUUUUCCUGGCUCAGCCACACCCCCUUUCUCCAUCUCCAUUCUCCUUCCCAGGCUGCCCCCCAUCCUAGCCCUCGGAUGCCGAGUCUUACCUACAGAGUACAUGUGCCCAGCUCCUUUCAAGCACUUUAGUUAGCCAUGUCAUGUUUGGAUACCAGUGUUUUAUAUUUAUAAAUAGAGAAUUUUCUAAUAUAGCCUAUUAUAUAUACAUAUAUAUAUGCACACACAUAUGUAAACAGAGAUACACUCAGCCAUUCUUGUCUCAGACAACAUGGGGGCUGGAGCUGGGCUUUGUGCAGCUCUAUAAUCCUAGAACUUGGGGCACUGAGAUAGGAGGAUCACAAGUUCAAAGCUAGCCUGGGCUAUAGAGUGAGUUCAAGGCUGGUUUGGGUAACUUAAUGAGAGACUCUGUCUCAAAAUGAAGCAAAAAUGAGGGCUCAGGAUAUAGUUGAACAUGUACCCCAGAGCCUAGGCUUUUCCAAGGAAAGGUCUGCGAUUGACUGGAGAGUUUGUUUUCUUUUCUCCACAUUCCUCCCGCUGCUCCCAAAUAUGUGCACCAAAGCUUGUUUGGAGGCAAUGUUGGAAAAGACUGCAUUUGAAAGAAAACAGUGGCUCUCGGUGUCUUGCUUUGUGCCAGCUGGAGUGGACACAGGUCAGUCAACACGACUGAUCCUUGACUUGGCUCUUCCAGUCUGCACUGCCUGGGCUGAUAAACAUGUGACCUCAA